CAGUGCAGACGUGCUGCAAAUAAAAUAUUAAUGUGAAAACAAAAGAAAAAUAUUUUUCUAUUACUGGCGCCCAACGUGGGGCAAUCCAUCAACAAAGGACAUCAGCCACCAUCAUCCAAAAACCAAUGAUAAGGACAUCAGCCACUAACAUCCAAAACCAAUGAUGAAGGACAUCAGCCACCACUAUCCAAAAACCAAUGAUAAGGACAUCAGCCACCAAUGAUGAUGUAAGUUGAGAGACUCAAAACCAUUUUAAUUUUUUUUUUCUUUUAUUUGUAAUAUUGUGGUUGAAAGUUGGCAAUUGAAAUGUAUUUAGUGGAUUUAAAAUUUAACAAUUAAAUUGAAGUGAAUAAAAUCUCUAGUGGAUUUAAAAUUUAAUAUUUUAAUUGAAAUGAAUAAAAUCUCUAGUGGAUUUAAAAUUUAAUAUUUUAAUUGAAUUUAACAAAUUUCAAAUUUGAAAUUUUAAUUGAAGUGAAUAAAAUCUCUAGUGGAUUUAAAUUUGAAUAUCUGUGUGCCCGGUAUAUGAACGUGACGACACCACAACUUACUGAAUUAAUUUCUAGCUUUGAAAAUAUCAAGUUAGCAGAAAAUUUUAAAAUUAACGAAUCCCAGUUAUCACAAGUACUAAGCGCGGCUGUAUCUGCAGCUUAAGGGUUACAGAGAAGGGAAUUCGAGAAGCUUAGGGCUAUGCAGGAUCAACUCGUGAAUAUGACAGAGAAAACAAUAGUCGAAAGAUAUGAAAGGAUUCAGAUAGUACCAGGACGAAUAUGUGAGGAGGUUUUAGAUGUAGUAAAGGCAUUACCCGAAUUUCCUGGACAGCCUGAAUGUUAUGUGUCUUGGCGCGAAGCGGCGCAUAACGCGUAUGAAAUAUUCAAAGGCUUUGAAGGUAGCUCUCGAUAUUACCAAGCCGUUACUGUUAUACGAAACAAAAUUCGCGGUGCUGCCGAUGCACUCCUGUCUUCAUUUAGUACAGUACUGAAUUUUGCCGCCAUUAUAGCGCGUCUGGACUUCACAUACUCUGCUAAGAGACCAAUAUACCUAGUAGAACAAGAGUUAUCCACUCUUAAGCAGGGCUGUUCUACUGUUUUAGAAUUUUACGACAAGGUAGAGAAAAAGUUAUCGUCACUCGCCAAUAAGACGAAAAUGUCCUAUGAAGCGAAUAUUGCAGAAGCUAUAAAUCAAAAGUAUCGAGAAAAUGUUUUAAGGGUUUUUAUUUCUGGGCUCAGGAAGCCGUUAUGUGAUAUACUUUUUGCAUCAAAACCCGGCAAUCUGCCAUCGGCAUUGGCCCUCGCUCAAGAGGUGAAUGCAAAUCACGAAAGAUACAUUUUCGCAGCCAGUUUUGCAAAUAGGUCAACUGAAGUCACGAAGAAAUCGGAAAACAUCCAAAGUGGGGGCAGGGACAACAAUAAUCAUAACUCAUACUAUUGGGCAAACGCUGAAGGCCAGAAAAACACUCAUUUUAUGAGGCAAUAUAGGAAUAAUCGACAACCAAAUUUUAAUCAGUAUCAAAAGCGGGAGAAUCGAAAUUUAAAACCGCAGCAGGAACCGAUGGAUGAAGACCCCUCGUCAUCACGCCUACGACAAGUUACUAAUUUCACAGGAAACCGAAACGGACAACAAAAACGGCAGGCGUCCUCCGACCGGCGUACAGGACCCAAACUUCAAAGAGUAAAUAAUUUUAACGAAAAUGAAGAUAAGGAUUCUUUCCCUGAAACGUACGAAAAACUGGCGGCUUCAGUUGUCGAAGAUUUAGAAUUAGAAGAAAUACAUUUUUUAGGGGAAGAUCCCUCCUUAAAAGAAGACAUUACAGAAUAUGACUCUGGUAUGGAAACAAUUAAAUUUCACAAGAGUCCAAAUGUUAGUCAGCUCCAGCUGCAAACCGAGUCAGUCCCGGUGAGCAUGAAGGAUGAUUUCCACGCUAUGAUCAAGCGUGUUUCUGGGGUUUUUGCAGAGCCGAAUGAAAAAUUGCCUUAUAACACAAAUAUUGUGACUACAAUUCGCACCAGGGAUAAUGAACCUAUUUAAGCAAAGUUCUAUCCAUAUCCCCUGGGAGUGGCCGAUUUUGUAAAGAAGGAACUUGCAGACUUCCUUAAAAAAGGCAUUAUACAACUUUCACGAUCACCUUAUAACAAUCCCAUUAGGGUAGUGGACAAAAAGGGCCUCGAAGAAAACGGGGUAAAAAAGAAAAAUAUAAUAAUUGAUUUCCGUAAACGAAAAACGAUUGAAGACUCAUACCCCAUCCCAAAUUUAGGGGUAAUACUAUCAAACUUGGGCAAAGCCCAACUCUUUACAACCCUGGAUUUGAAGUCGGGGUUUCAUCAAAUCGAACUCACUGAGCUAGAUUGCGAAAAACCCGCAUUCUCAGUGUGUAAUGGCAAAUUCGAAUUCUGCCGAUUUCCUUUUGGAUUAAAGAAUGCUCCUGGAGUUUUUCACUGGGCAAUUGAUGAUGUUCUUAGAGAACAUAUUGGCAAGUACUGCUUUGCUUAUAUUGAUGAUGUGAUAAUUUUGUCACAUGGAAAAGAAGACCAUUUAAAAAAUGUAAAAGCUAUUUUGAAGAGCUUGCUUGAAGCGAACAAGGGAGUUUCCAUAGCAAAAUCUAAAUUUUUCAAAACGAAACCCGAGUAUCUUGGAUUUCAAAUAUCCAAAGGAGGAAUAAAAACAUGUCCUCAAAAAAUUGGAGCAAUUCAAAAAUUUCCACAACCAACAACAUUAAGAGGGGUUUCAUCUGUCCUAGGGAUGACAGGCUAUUAUAGAUGUUUCAUCCGUGACUAUGCAAAAAUUGCAAAACCUCCUGAAGCCAAGGAUAAAGUAGAAAAGGCUCAGGAAGAAAUAUUAAAAACUCAUAACAAAAAUAGAGUAGUAAGAAAAUUUGCAGUAGGGGAAAUAGUUCAUAUUAAGUAUAGUUCAGAAUACUUACCGAUUACGGAUGGCGACGUGGUUUUAUGGGACUCCUACGGUUACAUUAGACAUACGACAAAUUUGAUGGUUUAUGCGGGAUUAACAUCUGACACUCGUUCUGCAUUACGCCUUUAUCCACGUAGUCAUAUGACGAAACUGAUGAUAGCAGAUUUAGAAUAGACAAACUCCUUCGGAAAAUAAUGGGACCCACAAGACACCGACGCAACUUGAACAUUUUAGGAAGUGCUCUCAAGAUUGUAGCUGGUACACAAGACUUCGACGACUUUCAAAAGGUGACGAUUGAACUUGACAAACUUAAGGAUAAUAACAACCGACAAAUAGAAAUAAACCCAAAAUUCCUGGAACAAGUUACCGAACUAACUAACACAGUAAAUGAGAUUUUAAAAAUAGAAAAACUGAAAGAAAUAGAUACCGGGCACCUUUACGAAAUCCUUUUGGCCAGAAAUAGGGCUGUCAUUACAGUCCUGGACAAUAUUAUACUUUCAAUUGCUCUAGCUCAACUAGGGUUACUGAACCCAAUUAUUUUUGGUAAUAAUGAGAUAAAUUCUAUAUUGAAUAAUGAGUCUCUCAACAAUCUAACAAUAACAGAUUUACUUUUAGUUUCUAGGUUUAAAGUCUAUCAUAAUGACAACCUUUUUAAUUUCUUAGUUAAGUACCCUAGACCUAAGUUUAUUUGUAAAAGGAAAAUUAUUUUACCAGUAGCGCAUAAUAACCAAAUGCUAUCACUACGAAACAACGCUGCGGCAGUCUGUGGUAAAAACAUCUAUUCCUUGAACGAACUGUCAUGAGAUUUUGCAGAAAAUCUAACAUCUCGACUUGCGCUCAACAACUAGUAACCAGCACUACAGCUCACUGUAAAACAACAAUGGGUGAACUAGAUCCCCUACAGGAGAUUGAUGACGGAAUGGUUGUGAUAAACGAUCGUGCAGCUUUGAUAACAUCUGACAAUGAAGGACGAGGACGUCCCUCACUUAGGAGGGGAAGAGUUAUCACGAGAAACACAGCUGGGUUUUGUAUUACCCGAAACUGUUGCGAGUGGCCUGACACAGCAGAUUCCACGCAACAAGUAGCGGUCGGUAAACAAAAUAAUCAAAUUACAAAAGUUGCGAGUGCAACAAACCAGCACUUCUGCAUUCUCACGUCUGCAGUUGUAAUUUGAUACAACUGACUGUUUAGCGACUGCACUGCCAUCAGCAGCGUUUGGAUAGCUUGCAGGGUAGGCUAAGUAAUGAUAAUUUUGUAUUUCUAGAAUUAGAAUAUUACAGAGUUCUCAGCAGUGCAGACGUGCUGCAAAUAAAAUAUUAAUGUGAAAACAAAAGAAAAAUAUUUUUCUAUUACUUGUAUAAGUGCGUUAGAUGCAUUAAUCUAAAGAGCUGUAAAAUAUUCUCUAUGCGUUGGUAUCUGAAGAAUACCAUAACAAUAAAAUACAUAUUUACACGUGAGUAUGUACACUAAGCAUACACACAUAUACAUAAGUACCUAGUUAAGAGAUUAUAAUUAAGAAAAGUAUUGACGAAAUAAAUUUGAAUAAAGAAAAUCAGAGUCAAACGUGAACUCUCACGGUUCGGAUUAAAAAAAAGUGUUUUGCUGUACAUUUGGUCCUUCGAGCCGGAUUUAGCGCUCAGCCAAAGGAAAAGUCCUGCUAUUAGAAAAUACAGGCUACAACUAUUAAGAAUUUGGGAGUACUAUAAGCCUCUAAGAAGAAAAAGAGCAUUACUUUGCAAAAUAAAGAUAAAUGUAAGCCGGAAUAGCAAAGGUUAUCUGUAUUUAUAGUAGUACAUAUAUAUACAAUAUAUAUGUAUAUACAUAUAUGUACAUACUUUUCGUAAAAGUAAAAGUGAAAAAGUAUGUAAAUAAUUAACAAAUGAACCAAAAACCACAAAAAAAGAAGCAAAUAUGGACAAUUUGGUAAGACGACAACAGGAGUUUGGAGAUCUUGCUGCACUACAAGCCAUCAAUACAUAUG